AUGCCCACGGCCGCCUGGUGUUGCCUCCGCACCGGUCUUGUUCCCAUCAACUACAGCGACCACGGCCUCAGCGCUGGCGGCAUUGGCCAGACCAGCGGCGGCAAGAACGGCAUCUGUGGCGACCCGUACACGGGCGUCCGCGAACACGAAACCGGCGGCACGUACGGUCGCUUCCCCCAACAUCGCGAGAAGGUCAUCGGAGCGUGCUACGCCCCGGGGUCCACCAUCGGCGUCCAAGUCCAGUUGACGGCCAACCACAAGGGGUUCUUCGAAUUCGGUCUGUGCAAGCUGAACAGCUUGAACGACAAGGAAACGGAAGAGUGCUUUCAAGCGCUGGCCGAGCCGUCGGGGUUGAAGGAGUGGCAAGUGCCGCCCGGCAACGGGUUCUUCGACAUCCAGUACGUCCUUCCCAGCGGCGUCACGUGCGACGGCGACUCGCACUGCGUGCUUCGCUGGCAUUACACGGGCUGGAACAACCCUGGAGUGGACGCCCGUGGCCAAGAGCACUUUUGGAACUGCGCCGACGUGUACAUCAGCAACACUUGCGGGUCCGCUCCCCAGCCCUCAAAGCCCACUCAAGCCCCCGGCACCACGGCCAAGCCGAUCAUCACGACUGGAGCUCCGGUAUCCACGGCUUCCCCUGUCGACCCCACCGGAGCCCCCGCUACGACGGUCGCCCCUUUACACCCUACCCAGGCACCUGUGACGCCCCCUGUCAGCGACUGCGGCAGCUGCACAAACUGCUACUACGCCCCCACCAACGCUUGUUUUGUCGGAUGGAGCCAAGGCCAAUGUAACAGCGCUUCUGCUUUCAAGUGGUGUGGUGCUGGCGCCCAGCCGCCGACCCCUUCGUCGAGUGCCCCUACAUCCACGUACGCCCCUGCACCCACGUACGCGCCAGCUACGACCAAAGCGAGUACUACUGCCCCGAUCCCUACUCCUUCCGCCCCCAAGCCAUCGAGCGCCACACCCACGAACGCCCCUGCGCCUGGUCCGUCCACUGGCCUGACCAACAUCUUGCCCAAGUCAUUGUUCCUUCAAAUCUUCCCUCAAGCCCUCCCCAUCUACAAGUACGAAAACCUCGUGGCCAUCGCUGCCAAGUACCCCGAAUUCGCCAACACUGGCAACGUUGAUGUCGAUCGUCGCGAAGUCGCCGCCUUCCUUGGUCAAAUCUCGCUCGAGUCUGGGGAUCUUCGCUACGUUGAGGAGAUCAACAAGUCCACCAUGUGCCAGCAGUCGGCCGAGUACCCGUGUGCGGCUGGCAAGCAGUACUUUGGUCGUGGUCCGAUCCAGUUGUCAUGGAACUACAACUACAAGGACUUUGGCAAGGCCGUCAACUUGGACUUGGUCGCGAGCCCUGAGCUGGUCGCCACCGACUACGACUUGGUGUGGUGGAGUGCGUUGUGGUACUGGAACGUUGACAAGUGGAACGGCAACAUCCACAAGGUGGUGGGCCUUCCCGGUGGCUUUGCUAAGACCACGUUCAUCAUCAACGGCGGCUUGGAAUGCGGAUUGAACCCUCCCAACCGCGAGUCGGAAAAGAGCCGCAUUGCCAGCUUCAAGAAGUUCUGCAGUCUCUUGGGCGUAGCUCCCGGGGACAACUUGUCGUGCCAGACGGCUGAUUUCCCCCCCAAGUCACCUUGGACCGACCCCCCCGCAGGCUCCAGCGUGGCUCCUUCAUCAUCGGCCCCCACUCCUUCGAGCUCUGGACCGGCUACGAGUGUGCCUAAAACUGUGAGCUGGAACUGGUUUGCAUCGUCCACCACGGACUGCGACGCCAGCUUGAGCAAGGACACGUUGAACCGUGGCUUUUACGUGGGCGGGGAAAAUAUCCCUGCUGACUGCGGCAAGACUGCGAGUUUCACCUACAACGGAGUCACCGUCACAGCAAC